GCCAUUUCGAUUCAUUCCACACAGAUACUUUCCAACUUUUGCUGCGUAAGCGGCAAAGCAAAACACCAGCAAGGACAACAACAAUAGUAACAGCAGCAGCAGCAGCAGCCGAACAGCAGCCCAUCGUUGCCUCGCAAUGCGAGGAACGUAGCACUUUUCAGCACUUUUUUAUUCGUACAUGAAGAUAGUCUCUGAUUAGUCAACGUAUAGUCGACGAAGAGAACGAACGUGAUUGUGCGAUACGCACGCACGCAGUCACAUCAGCUUUUUCAAAGCUCCCGCAAAAACAUAAAAUUCUAUAUAUAUAAAUUAUACAUUUUUCAAUUCUGUCCAUCGAAAAAAUAUCAUUAGAUUUUAAGCAAACCGAAAAUUCAUUUAAAUUUAAAAAAAAACAAGAGAAUUUUAUCCCCGAAAUAUUUAAAACGCAAACAUCAUCAAAACAAACAAAACAAAGUGACAAAAAAAAUUUUGAGAGAAAAAAUUGUUUUUAUUUUUGUUGAUUAAUUUAUAUAUAUUUAGUAGUAGUUAUAUACACGCAUUUUGCUCUUAAACGUUGUAUUUAUGUCAAAUUGUGACCGAAAGAAAAAAUAGAAGAAAAUUUCUAAGUAAAGCUUAAGUAAACGGAAAGGCGAUAAAACAAAACCGCAAAAGUAAAAAGAAAAACCGAACAAAAAUAAACCAAAGAAAAAAAAGAAAUUCGUUCGUUUUGCCAUUAGUCAAUUUAAGAUUUCCUGUGCAUUUUCAACAUUCCAUACAUUCGCUGUGUGUUUAUUCGCAUAAAUAAUUGAUAUUAUUACGGGUGUAUAAAAGCAUACACACAGACAUUCGAGAAAAAUUGCACUCAAACCGAACGGCGCAUGCACUUGCAUACCGAUACGUGUCGUAUUUUAUUCAUUUGAAUUCGGGUUUGUGUAUUUCUCUCAUUCUCCAUUUAUAUAUAAAAUUUGUUGUAUUUUUGUUCCUGCUGUUGUUCGUGCUCUUCAUCUGUUCGUCGUGUGCUUCUUCAUUGCGAACGAGGAGAGUGCAUGAAAUUAUACUUAUUCAGAGUCAUAGUGGAUGUAUGUAGUCAGGCCAACCGACCGAGUGAAGUUCUCCGUGCGUGGCCUCACCGUAAGUGUGUUGCAAAAACAGUAGUGAACCGAAAGAUACCGAGAAAAAGAGAGUGAAUGUGUGGUAUAGUGCAAAAAAACAGUAGCAUAUACGAGAGUGUUAGCAAUGCAAAGGGAUUUUAUAGAGAACAGAGAGCGAGAGAGUGAACAUAACAGAAGCAAAUAAAAUAAAAGUGGCAAGCGAAGACGAAGUGAAAGCAGCAAUAACAACAACAACAUAAAAUAUAAUACAACCUCGACACAAGCAAAUGAAAGUGGAAAAAAACACAACCCCAUCUCAUAAUUUCUCAUCAGUAAUGUUAAAACACUCUGAUAUGAAUGGAUGUCAAAAUAGACAUAUACAUACUACGCCUCGUUAUUGCUAUUGUUGCCGUUAGUGCUGCUGUUUUCAAGCAUGGAACAUAACACCACAGCCACACAUAACCAGCAAUGUUAUUGCAAAUGAACAAUGAAUUGGUGGAACAGUGAACUUGCCCAUUGUUUGCGUAUCGAGUAUAUUGAUGACUUGAAUAGUGAUGUAUAUUGUGUAAUCGGUUAAAUGUGUAAUGUAUUUUGAUGUUUUGCUUUAUCGUAUUGAUGCCAAACGAAAGCUCGCCAACGUGAAACCAAGACCGAGAGAACAAAAAGAAAAAAAAUGAGUAUCAUUUACACGAUGAUGAUGAACUGUUCAAGUGACAUUGAUUCGCGCGAGAUAAACAGCGCAUUAAAAUAAAGAAGAAACAUAAAACAAAAGUGAUUGACAACAACGUACAAAAGUCAUCGCAUAUAAAAUCAUUACAGCUCGUAGAUCGCACGGCCUGGUUACUCUCGUGUAUUUCCAUAAAGAAUAUAGAUAUAUAUUACGCUUUCACGAAGAGGUGGAGCUCAAAGUUUAAAAUUAAUUUUUUUUUUUCGAAAAUAGAACACAAAAGAAAAUUAAGUGAUAAAACGUGAGUGUGAAUAGAGUCAGUAGGUGAUGCAAAAAAUUUGCAUUUAUCACGGCUGAAUAAUCAAAAUAUCGUCCCUGCCGCGCGCCGCUCCAAAUCGCUAGUUUGCUCACACACAACAACAAAAAAUCACAUCAACCCCAUAUCGCACACACACACACAUAUACACACACACACAAUAGCUAAUAUAGCCCUCAACCAAUAGCUAAAUCGACAAAACACCUUUAUUCUGUUUCGCGAAACAGCACCACACCAAAAAAAAAGCGAAACAACAAAAAUUCCAAAAGUUGCCAAUGCAAGAUUUUCACACCUUUUGAAUGGUUCGGUUCGAUCAGAUGCGCUGAUGUGUGCACUAAAUUCGAUAUCUGCCAAGACACACAAUCAACAAUGAAACACCACCACAUCAUUCUUCUUCUAUUUUUUUCGAUUCUUUUUCUCAAUGAUUUAACAUCGUCCUUAGCAAAUGCUCUUCGUCUAACCGAAGUUCGUAUUCCAAAUCAUACAGUGCGAAAUAGUACGGCUCGCUUAGAAUGCCACUAUGAUAUGGAUGGUGAAGAGCUGUACUCUGUCAAAUGGUACAAAGAUGGACAUGAAUUUUAUCGGUAUAUACCACGUAGUAUGCCACCAGCACUAGUAUUCGAGUUGCCCGGAAUAAAUGUUGACAUCCAUAAUUCGACAGAUAACAUUGUUGUUCUGAAAUAUGUCAAUUUGUCAAGUACCGGACGGUAUCGAUGCGAAGUAUCCGCUGAAGCUCCAUCUUUUGAAACAGUCUCUGAUCAUGGUGAUAUGAUUGUUGUUGUACUACCAGAGCAAGGGCCUAAAAUAACGGGAGGAAAGCCCAGAUAUCAAAUUGGUGAUGACGUUAACGUCAAUUGCACUUCGGGUAGAAGUAAGCCUGCCACCCAUCUAACUUGGUUCAUUAAUGGUGAACCAGCCGAUGCAAGUCUUCUAAAAUACUAUAAUAUUCUUAUCACUGGUCGUGAGGGUUUAGAAACAACUACGCUUGGAUUGAAUUUUAAAGUCAACCGGAGCUCCUUUCGACAUGGAAACAUGAAACUGAAGUGUUUGGCAUCGAUUGCAACGGUUUACUGGAAAUCAAAUGAGGAAAGUGUUGAAGGUGAAAGGCUCAAACAUCAACCGCUGCGUCCACGUGAAUCAACCUAUCCCGGUUCACACACCUCACGAGCUGAUCGCGUUAGAGAAAUUAAACUUUCUAAUUUUCAAGCGGCCAACAACUCAAUCGCAGCAAAACCGUCGUCAGCAUUUAUCAUCCUAAUAUCAACAAUAUCGCUUUUUACAAAAUGUUAUACAUUUACAUAUUAUUAAUCAUUAACAACAAUUGUCAAUUAAACAAUUAAAUAUCAUAUUUUUUUCUCUUAAUAAAAAAACAAACAAACGCCAUUUUAACUUAGCAAUAUUAACAAUUUUGAAGAUGAAGAAAAAAAAACCAAACAAA